UGUUAAGCUCACAGGAGAAGUCUGAGUCUCUCUGGAUCUUACCUGGCUCUCCUAACGAGCGUUCGUUUACCGUCGUAAACCUUGGCGGGUGCUGCACAAUGGAAACUUAAUGGAUGCUACGACUAAUUGCUUGGAUUAUUUUUUUCGAUUCUGGAUUACCUUGGUUUAAGCAUGUUGACUGCGAAGUUCUAAAAACGUAAAUAAUUGCCAUCUUAAUUAAUUGGAUGGCCGUCCUUGCUGUCGGUAAAUUCGCUUGUUCCGUUGAUUCGGGGAUUAUUUCUUAUUUUUGAUUCUCAGGCCACUGGUGAUCGUGAGCGUGUGUGACUUAUUUGAAAAUUGUACGUUUAAUUUCCGAAGACAUGAAAAUGUUUUAACGAGAAGAUUUCAAUAAGAGAUUGCAUUAUUUACACAUUUGCCUAAUGUUACAUUGUGAAGUCUGUUUUGAAGGUUUCGUGGUUAUUGGAUAGCAUUGUUUCCCCUGCAGUGAUAAAUGGCAAAGUGAGAAUUUGAAAAUGAGCGAAUGCGACAGGCCAUCCCUGUCCAAAAUGUCUCUGUACCUGCGCUGGAGAUUCCUGACGGUCCUGAUGGUUUUGGCUGAGGCGAGCACGAGAAGCGUCGCCUGUCCCAAAUCAUGCGCGUGCUACGUUCCAACAGAGGUCCACUGCACCUUUAGAUACCUACCCACAAUGCCGAGCGAGAUUCAGCCGGCGGCUGAAAGAAUCAACCUGGGGUACAACAGUUUAACAGUCCUGAGAGAAAAUGAGCUGUCAGGGCUGACAAACCUGGAACUGUUGAUGCUUCACAGUAAUACCAUCCAUACCAUUGAAGACCGAGCCUUCCACAACCUUAAGGCUCUGCAGGUGCUAAAAAUGAGCUAUAAUAGAGUCAAAGAGCUGCGGAAGGAGACCUUCAUGGGCCUGGAUAAUCUGCUGCGUCUCCACAUGGACCAUAAUCAAAUUGAAUUCAUCCAUCCAGAAGCUUUCUAUGGUUUAACUUUUCUCCAGCUGGUCCAUCUCGAGGGCAACCUACUGCAACAGCUUCAUCCAGACACCUUUGUAACUCUGAGACAUAGCCAGAUUUUUAAAUUUUCUUCCAUCAAGACCAUUUAUUUAUCAGAAAAUGCAUUGACCACUCUACCUGACACUGUAUUCAGUGGCUGCUACCAGCUGGAGAAUCUGUUCCUUAAUGGAAAUGCCUGGUCAUGUGACUGUCAGAUGGAAUGGUUGGCAGAGUGGAUAGAGAAGAACCCAGGUGUCCUGAAAUGCAGACGAGAGAGAAAGCUUGCUGGAGAGCAGCACUGCCCCAUUUGUGAAUGGCCUGUUACGUCCAGAGGUCGCAAUAUUCUUCACCUGGCGGGUGACGCCUAUGCAUGUUCUAAGCCAUGGAUUCACCCCCAUUUGAAACAAAAGAAUAUCACCAUGGACGACGGUGGCUACACCCAAGUUUUUUCCAAGGACUUUAUUGCACCGAUUGGCAUGAUGGGAAUGAACAUCACGGACCAGUUCCGCAAUGAUGCCAGCAUAGCCUGCGUUGUCCGGAGACCACAGGGGCUAGACAGCAUCAACGUAACCCAUGGAGUAACAGGCGAAGAUGUUACGACUCUCAGCGCAAACGUGGUCACGUCACUCAUUUGCAAUAUUGACUAUGAGCAUAUGCGCCCGCUUUGGAGCCUCCUGGCCACGUACAGCGAUGUAGCCCUGAGGCUUGAGAGAGAGCUUCUCCUCACCAUGCCGCCGGAGAUGACGUACAAAUACAAGCAGGCGACUCCAGUGGAUGAUGAGAUCUUCACAGGGAUUGAGAUAGAGAUGAAAGCAAAUCCUGCAUGGUUAAUGCAAGGUGUCAUUAGCUUACAGCUGGACCGUACUACAACUACAUAUUCAACCCUAAAUAUAAAAUAUUCUUCCAGUGUUGAAAUGAAUAUUGAAACUAAUAAAGUUAGAAGGGACCAUUAUGGCUGGACCAUGAUCAAAAGGGACAACCGGACUAAGACUGAGACUUCAGUGGUUGCCGGUGGUGUGGUUGAACUUAGCUGUCAGACCCUUGGUGAUCCUAAACCCUCUGUAGAGUGGAUAUUACCCGAUGGAAGUAAAGUCCGCGCACCAUAUAGCAGUGAGGACAGGAGGAUUGUAAUAGCGGAUGACGGGAAGCUUAUUUUAAGAUCAGCUGAUAGCUCUGAUGCUGGUGUCUACCACUGCAUUGCUACAAACUAUCUCGAUGCCGAUGUACUUUCCUUCAGAGUCACUGUGUUGUCCCCAGACACCGAGGAGAUGGAUAUAAAUGGGCUUCAGUUCUCACGUUCAGUGGGUGAAAGCCUAUUUCUCGACUGUGAAGGGACAGGUAGCCCACAAGCCUCUGUUCAGUGGAUCCUACCAGAUAACUCCGUUGUGGACAAGUCCCAUGUAAACAGGAAACUCUAUCAAAAUGGGACGUUGGGAAUAAGCAAAUUGACUGAGAGAGACAGGGGAUUUUACAGAUGCAUUGCUGCUAAUCCUUUUGGGUUAGAUUUGCUAGUCUCCCUAAUAACUCUUUCAAGUAAUGGGCCGGAAGGUGCCAGACCAACGCAUGAGGAGGGGUCUGGUGAGAACGUGCAACCAAGCACAGAAAAUGUACUCUACAGCAAAGACAUCUCCACCAGGGUUAGCCAGGAGUCACGGACAGUUACCUCACACAGGCCUUACCCGAGACCCAGACCCCCAGUUCGUAGGGUACCAGCAAUUAGACGGGGUGAUAGUAGACGCACUGGGUGGACUAGAAGAGUGUUUGACAAAGCAUCCAGGAUAGUAGACCCUAAGAAAUUAGCUGAUUUUAUGAAGAGAUCUCAGAACAAUAAUUCUGGAAAUAGAGUGAACCCAUCAGAUAAGUCAAAGGCUAAUAAAGGACUUUCUGUGGACAACGAGAUAGGAUCAGGCAAUGUAGGGUUUGAAGGUUAUGUUACAAUUCCAGAUCAAGUCCAAACAACUACAGAAAGUCCAGAAAAUAAUUAUGAUAGCACAACCACUUAUCACCUGCAAGAGGACAUUGCUGCUGCAAUUACAGAGGAAGUAACAGAUGAUACAAGCAGUGUUACAGCUACAGAAAAUACGAGCACACUGACAUCAGGGUUGCCCUCCUACACUGAUGCCAUCCCAUUAGAUGCCAGAAUUACCUUUACAAAUUAUGACAUUCAAAAAGAUGAGACAACACCCUUUAUUGCGCCUCAAGGUUACACAGUCAGCCCUGGUGACAGCGAAUUGAACCAUCCUGAAAUGAAUACAAACAAGCCUUUACAACCAGUAACUUUAAAAUUUACAGUUACUGAGACUAUGAAUGAUAUGGACCUGCAGUUUUCUGGAGACAUACCAGAGACAGCAAUCGAAGCAAUGCCGCAUGUUUAUUACCAUAAUGUGACAUCCACAGCGGAUCAUCCAGCACAAAGGACAAAUCCUGUGGUCCACACAUCUACUGACCCUGAAAGCCAGACAAGUUUUACAGCAGUUACCACAACACAGAGAGUAAAAGAUGAGAUCACAUUUCACACUACUCAAAGAAUCAAGUCUCCUCGUCUCCCUUCUGGGUCCACCAUCAUCUCACGCCAACAGAUACACAUAAUUCCUCCCAAUAAGAAGCGACCAGGAAGGAGACGUAACUUUUCUAAUAGACGCAGGAUCAUCCGGCCAAAAAAGAUCACAGAUAUACAGUCUUUUCUUGAUAAAUUCAAAAGGCCACCUAUAAGGCAUGAGGGAUCUACCACUGUUCCAUACGCAGUGGAGCUGAGUGCAGACUGUGAUCAUGGGAAAAGAGGAAUGUACACUGAAAUAUCCAAGACAGCAGAAGAGCAAAGAAUAAUUAAUCCAACAACCAAACCUCCCGUGCCAACCCUCUCUUUAAGAAAGAUACAAAAACUCAUCACAACAACACAAAGCACACCAUUUGUUACUUCAGCAAAGGCAAUUCCUAAGACAAGUUCAUUCACAACUGAGAAGCAACUGAAGUCUGAUGCCCGUAAGCAAGAACCAACACAAGAGCCCAUGAAAACAUUUUCAACCCCCCUUACAACUACAACCACAGCCAUUAAGUCUUCAAAAGUCAUACAAGGAAAGAUACCAUGGCACAGAUUAUUUGGAAAUAAAAAGAACCAGCGAGAAAUCCUUAAAAGGCUUAGAAAACCUGCUAAAACAUCCACUACAACACAGAGUACAACACCAGUUAGUACCUUGAGCACCACAGCCAGCUCAAGGGUCAAAGCUACUCUACCCACUGCAACAUCGCUGGUCGCACCUGCAACUGCUUCUCCCCUUGUGAUACAAAGGAAUCAAGACAAUUUAGAGAUAUCCUCUGAUGACUCGUCAGGUUCCUCAUCCAUCACAGAACCACAGACUUCUUAUGAAAUCAUAACUUCAUUUACAACUGCUAGUCCCUCUAACAGUUACCAUAAAACUGCAAUAUCAUACACAGCUUUUACCACACCAGAAUAUGUAUCCAGGCUAUCCACAACAAAGAUUUCCCAAAUUAGUCCAAUUCUACCGGUCCCACCAACAUCUCGAACUACCUUCAAGGAAGAUACUUUUGAGUCAAUAUCUUCAGGCUCUGACUCAGGAGGGUCUAGAAGGUUUCCUGGCAGAUCUUGGGGAAAUCGAAAACCAGGCUUCCACAGGCGACGUUUCAGAGGAAAAAGACCAAUAAAGAAAACAACCACACAAGCUCCAACAACCAAAACUACUGUAUUCAAAACCACAAAUGCACCACAAACCAUCUCAAAGGUAUAUAGGCCCUUGUAUACACUUGCUGGAGAAGCAGAAAAAUUCUCAGUAUUCAUGUCACAUGGUAAAGAAUUGAGACACCCAUCCAAAAUCACAACCAUCCCAAAAUCUUACUUUACAGCCAGUGAGCCCACAGCAACCUACCCAACAACCUAUAGGACAACUAAUGCAGUAAGACCACACACCACACCACUGACACAGCUCCAGAAGAGCACUCACAUCAAACCUCCUGCAAGAAGAGGUGGAAGAUAUGAAACACCAAGAAGAGCAAGACCAAAGAUAACGGACAGCAGACACAGGGGCCGGCUUCAGCAACCCAAGUCAACAACCUCAUCUUCCGGGGAAAAGAAAGGAUCUAAGACGAGGACUGGUCCUGGGAGCUCAGUCAGUCGCACAGUAUCUGUUCUCACAGAGGAGACUUACACCAGUCCCUCAGUUCCACAUAGCAGCUGUAUUACUAGUGGUGUUUCAAACACUUAUGAUCACACCACACGGUAUGAUACCACACCAACAAAUACUGUUGGUUUUGAGUCAUCUACUCAGGAUAUGACAUCAAAGCCAAGAAUUGUUGGGGGAAAUGCAGCCAGUUUUACAGUUCAGUCAGACUCUGAUGCUUUCCUUCCUUGUGAGGCUACCGGAAACCCUGAACCUGUCAUCUUCUGGAAACGAUUCUCUUCAAGUACAGGCAGUACUUUGACCAUUAAAGGCAGUAUGGGUAAAUUUCAGGUAUUCAGGAAUGGAACACUGUUGAUUCAGAAUGCAAACGUCAAAGACCGGGGACAGUAUUUAUGUUUGGCAGAGAAUGACUAUGGCUCUGACAAACUCCUUAUCAUGCUGUCAGUGGUGGCUUAUCCCUCACGGAUACUUGAGCCAGGAGUUAGAGACAUUAAGGUUUACUCUGGCAAAACAGUUGAGAUGAGAUGCAAGGCAGAGGGCAGGCCAGUGCCUGUGGUGUCAUGGAUUCUGGCAAACCGCACUCAAGUUAUGGGUCAGGACAACGGGCGAGGCAGAGUAACAGUCACACCGGAGGGCACUCUGGUUAUCCGGCAGGUGUCGGUUUACGAUCGAGGACGUUAUAAGUGCGUUGCUAGUAAUGCAGCUGGUGUAGACUCAGUUACUAUGCGUCUACAAGUGGUGGCAGCGCCUCCUAACAUAUUAGAGGAGAAACGGCAGCUGUUAAGGGCAAAUACUGGGCAAGGUGUGUGGAUGCCCUGUACUGCACAAGGAGACCCUCAACCCACCUCACACUGGGUCUUGUUUGGUGGCACUGUUGUAAGACCCCCUAAAACUGAUUCUAAGGUGUCCGUGUUUCCUAAUGGUACGCUACACAUGAAAAAUCUGGAUGUCUCGGACAGUGGAAAAUACGAAUGCAUUGCUACAAGCUCCACUGGAUCAGAGCGGCGGGUGGUUACUCUGUCUGUGAAAAAAAUAGAAACUGCUCCUCAAAUUGUUGAGACAUCAGAUUGGAGGACUGAGCUGGAAUAUGGUGGGAACCUUCAUCUUAACUGCUCUUCAACUGGGAAUCCCAAACCCAGCAUUAUUUGGAGGCUUCCUUCCAAAUCCCUUGUGGACCAGUGGCACAGAAUGGGCAGUCGCAUCCAGGUGCUGGAGAAUGGCACUCUUGUCGUUUACUCGGUGAGUGAGAAGGAUGCUGGGGACUACCUCUGCGUUGCUCGCAGCAAGGUUGGAGAUGACCUACAGCUAAUGAAGGUCUCUGUGUCCAUGAAACCCGCGAAAAUCGAACCCAAGGUUGUUGGCAAGAAGAAGGUCCCAUAUGGCAAGGACAUAAAGGUAGACUGUAAGGCCUCUGGUGCCCCAAUACCUGAGAUUUCGUGGGGCUUGCCCGACGGCACUUUGGUGAACAGUGCCCUUCAGGCAGACAGCAGCCGAGGAGGUCGCGCCAAACGUUAUACUUUGUUUGAUAACGGAACCCUUUAUCUCAACGAAGUGGGCAUGGAUGAAGAGGGGGACUACACCUGUUAUGCAGAGAACACCCUGGGUAAGGACGAAAUGCAUGUUCACAUCACUGUGGUGAGUGCGCCGCCUCAGAUCCGCCCCCCAAGCCGCACCUACGCCAAAGUGAAGCCAGGGGCGAACAUCCGCUUUGACUGUGAGGCCGCAGGGGAACCCAAGCCCAAGAUCCUGUGGAGGCUACCAUCAAACGACAUGAUAGCUGCAUCCAAUGAAAGAUACUUAAUGCAUGUCAAUGGAUCUCUUGAUGUCCGGGACGUUAAAUUAGCCGAUGCUGGAGAGUAUGUCUGCAUGGCGCGCAACGCGGCAGGUGAUGAAAGCAAAGUGUACAAGCUGGACAUUGAUGGCAACCCACCUGUAAUCAAUGGUUACUACCAGAACAGGACAGUGCUAAAAGAUACAGCUGCAAAGUACUCUAGGAAGAUGAUAGACUGCAAGGCAGAAGGGAAGCCACCACCGAAGAUUACGUGGAUAAUGCCAGGCAAUAUCUUUCUCUCGGCCCCUUACUUCGGGAGCAGAAUCAAUGUCCAUUAUAAUGGGACUUUGGAGAUUCGCAAUGUUAGACCUACAGACACGGCAGAGUUUAUAUGCAUGGCACAGAAUGAUGGCGGUGAGGCUGUCAUGGUGGUACAGCUGGAGGUCACCAGCCAGCUCAUGAGGCCCAUUUUCAAAAACCCUUUUAAUGAGAGGCUCUUGACCCAACUUGGGAAAACCACGGUCCUUAACUGCUCUGCUGAUGGACAACCUCCUCCCAAUAUAUUGUGGACUUUACCCAACGGUACCCAGGUCACCAGCAGCUCUAACAGGGGCUCCCAGUAUCAAAUUGGCAAUGAUGGCACCUUUGUCAUAUAUAACCCGAGCAAAGAGGACACCGGAAAGUAUCGCUGUGCUGCCAAGAACAAGGUUGGCUACAUUGAGAAGCUGAUUGUGCUAGAGGUUGGACAAAAGCCUUACAUUCUGACACGCCCAAGAGGUAUUAUCCACAGGAUGUCAGGGGAAAGCCUCUUUCUUCACUGCCUGGCUGACGGAAGCCCUCGUCCCAGCGUCUUUUGGACUAUCCCUGGGGGCCACGUCUUGAGCCGCCCUCGGUCUGCUGGCCGCUACCAAUUAAUGGACAAUGGGACACUGGUCGUCCAUCAGACCAACCCACAUGAUCGUGGGACUUACACGUGCAGAGCAAAGAAUACUGUUGGGGAGGCCUUUCUCACUGUGCCCGUGGUCAUCACCGCAGUUUCACCGCGCAUUACUAAAGGGUCUCCACCAGCUGUGAAAGUCAUAACAGGUACUCCUGUGCAGCUACACUGCAUUGCUUUUGGGAUACCGAAACCAGAAAUCACCUGGCACCUGCCAGAUCGAUCGGUUCUGUCCACAGCUGGGAAAGGACGUCCUACAGGCAGCGAACUGCUCCAUCCGCAGGGGACACUCAUAAUCCAGAAGCCCACAAGAGCAGACUCAGGGCAAUACAAGUGCUUAGCAACUAAUCACCUUGGUACAGACAUCAGAGUCACAUAUGUGAGAGUAAUCUGAAAGAGGCAGUAACGGUCAGCAGAUAUCCUUCAAAUCAUAAGACAUCAUUGGUAAGGCAAACAUCUCAAACACGCGUAUUUCCAUCAGAUCAUCUGAUCCUAUUUACAUUGAUAUUAAAUUACAGGGCCAGCCAGAGAACAAUAUAAAAGUUUCCUUAACUCUCUGUCACACUGGUGCUAAGUAACAUGAAGGAAAACAAAAAGGCUUGUGAAUGUUUGCAGGUACAGUGCACAUCUGGCAGCUGCCGUGGAAACAGAGACUUGUGACAAAUCUGGAGUCGCUCUGAUAUUUCACAACGGAUAUGAAAACAAAUAGUGCAGUGUCAGGCUCAGGCAUUAAAACAACUGGAGCUGUUAUUGUAAAUUACAGGUACUGCUUUGUUAUUGUAAAUUAAUGUGUAAGAGUGUACAUGGAAAUUUGAUGCCUAAAAUUGUUAAGCAGUGAAUUACCAACUCAUAUUUUAUAAAACUAGUUUAUAUUUUUUUCUAAACAAUUGUUUUGCAUCAGUGCAUUGUGAUAUUUACAAGUGAAAGUAUUUUUGUUGUUUAUUUCUUUGUUUUUUACACUGAAUUAAUAUAUUUUGAGGGAGAAUAUCAAAUGUUUGGUUCUAAUAAUACUAUGUGGUUUGCCCUCAUGUCACUAGAGAAACAAAUACAGUAUUUGUUUUUCAUGCAAAUAUGAAAGUCAUUUGCCUUUUCCAUAAUCCUAACAAACACUUUCUCAAUGUACAUAUACAACUUUAAUAUAUUCAUGUGGAUUUUAUACUUCAUAUCUACUGUCUUUGUGACCCAGAGACAAAAUUAAAUACAUACAUAUGGUA